CAUGCGUGUGGAGGUAAGCGGAAGUAAGCAUCAUGUCGAUAGAAGACCCGUUUUUCGUCGUGAAGGGGGAGGUGCAGAAGGCCCUGUCUCGUGCUCGGGGCCUGUUUGAUAGAUGGGAGGAACUGCUGCAGGAUGGGACACAGGUGAGCCGUGAUGAGCUGGACUGGAGCACCAAUGAACUGAGGAACUGUCUGAGGGCCAUAGACUGGGACCUGGAGGACCUCAGCGAGACCAUCAGUAUUGUGGAGUCGAAUCCCGGGAAGUUUAGACUGGGUGACAAUGAACUUCAGGAGAGGAGAGACUUUGUGGAGCGAACCAGGAACGCUGUCCAGGAGAUGAAGGAUCAGUUGUCCAGCCCGUCUGCUGUGGCUCAGGCAGAGAAGAAGAACAGAGAGGCUUUGCUGACGUCUUCAGGCCAGGACAGGUCAACGGGACUGGAGGCUCAUCUGGUGUCUGCAAACUCCAGAUACAUCCAGGAGCAACAGGAACAACAGCAGCUGAUCAUGCAGGAGCAGGAUGAGCAGCUGGAGUUGGUGUCGGGCAGCAUCAGAGUCCUCAAAGACAUGUCGGGACGCAUCGGGGACGAGCUCGACGAGCAGGCUGUCAUGUUGGGGGAUUUUGGAGACGAGAUGGACCAGACGUCGUCCCGAAUGGACUCUGUCCUAAAGAAGCUGGAGAAGGUGUCUCACAUGACGAGCAGUCGGAGACAGUGGUGCGCUAUCGGCGUCCUGGUCGCCAUCAUGAUCGUGGUCCUCAUCCUCUUCUUCGCUCUCUGAUGCCGGUGACCUCUGACCUCUCGACUGCAUUCACCGACUCCUCCCUGUUAGGACGGACUGAUGGAUGGACAGACACAGGAAGAAGGACGUGUCUCCUGCUCCUCUACCCUCCCGUCCCCCCCCUUCCUUCAGACUGAGGAGAAAGCGGUGACCCGCAGAGAGAAGCGAGGAUCCGCUCCUCCUCCUCUCUGCUUUUAAUGAUUCUAGUAGAAAAAAAAAGUCACUUCAGCAGCGGCGCUGAGCACAGGGGAAACCCGGCGGUGUUACGUAAUUCACAUUGGUGCAUUUCAGUUAUUUUUUGGAAAUGAUGGUACUCACUGGGAGAGGAGGCUGCUGCUGUCGGCUUACAAACACAAAUCUGCUGAAAAAGUUGACAAUAUUUUCAUGUCUGUUACCAAGAACAUCUGGAACAUCUUCAGUUUCUCUUUUUCAUCAAAACUUUUGAAUCACGGUGAACAAACUUUAUUUUGUAAGUAGUUUUAAAAUGUUUUAGUUUUAAAAGUGCUUUCUAGAAAUGCUUAAAGGACAGAUUUUUCAAACGUUUUUUGGAGAGAAAAUGUCACAAAGAAAAGCGAUUGUGACAUAUUAUACCUUCGAAAUCUGAACGACAUCAGUUUUCCUGUGCUGCGUCCUCACGCCUUUCACACACUGUACAUUUAAAGCUUUGAACCC